GGAGGGCUCUAGUAGAGCCUCCCGGUAACGGAGAGAACAGCGCAAACGAGUACGAUCCGUCGAAUCGGAGUCAUGCAGAGAACGAAAGUCAGACCAGUUGCGCUGGUGUUUUCGUUGACCUGCGUCCGUAUGGCGAAGUUCACGGGACGGUGAGAGAGCAUCGUGACAUUGAGCAUAGUUUUGGGUCCCACAUGGAGCCGGAGAAUGACCCAUCUUCGCUGACCUCCCUGCAGGGCCACAUGGAUGCAAAUGUGUCUCAGCGUAAGACCGUGUUCGACGCUGCUAAGCGUGAAGACGAGGACCGCUUGGCGAGGCUGCAGCUGCUUGAACAAGCAUUGACAGCAGCCCCCUUACAGUUUUCCGCCCGUCCGAAGGCAUCGAGUUCGGAUAAACUGGAUAAGAAUGCAGGAUCUCUCACGUCAGUAGCAUCAAGCAGCUUUGCGGGAGAUUUGGAAGCAGAGGAACUUGUGG